UAGCGGAUCAAGUGAGGUGUCGGACAAAAGUUCAACGUUCAGAGUUGUUCAUUGUGUUGGGAACUCGAGUACUUUCCACUAGAGUUCUAAUGAAGUGACUCGUGAGUUACACACCAGGUCACACACGAGUCCCGAAUCCACCGACUCGUUCGUGACUCGCACAUCUCCAGUGAGUGUGACGCACCGGAAGUUCCUGGCAAGAUGACUGUGCACAUGCUAACAGGUGAGCUCUGAUUACAUUCAAUUACUCAAUUUACCGUUUCAUUUGUCUUAUUUUCCGCGUUUUUCUCUACAAACAUCUUACAGCUGUUUCACCAAAAUAAUAUGACUGGAACUGUUAGAGUCGGUGGAAACCAUACAUCCCAAAGGUCAGCCUUCGAAGUUUACGUAAAGUUUAGCUAAUUGAUUACAUUAACAUCCGGGCACUUUGACAUGUACCCAAGCCUGUUUCACGAAUUAAAUUACAUAAUGUUGCCAUGCCAUUCUUGUAAUGAAACGACAAAAAUAUAUAUUAGUUGCCAUGUCAUUCUUGUAAUGAAACGACAAAAAAUAAAUACAUUAAUCAGCUAGUAACCGUACAAUUGAGUGAAAUGGGCAAUGCUUAAAGCACACGAGCUAACUUCAUUUCCCAGCAUUCCGCUCACACGUUACGGGUUUCCGUUUUCGUUUCCUGUUUCAAAUUAAGAGUCUAGGUUUGGCCUUGGUAAAGUGUUAAAAUGAUAGCUUGUGCCGUCUUGACUCUUUAUAUUAUAAUCACAGUAAAAAUUGCCUCUUAAAGAGACAGUGCUCUACAAAAAAAAAGGACAAAAACAAGCAUGUGGCUUAACAGCUUAUCAGCAAUCUAGUGUGACUACCUUUCUCUGUGAUACAGUGAACCAUCAUCAUCCACCUGAAUCACCUGGACAACACAGCAGACCACAGCAGACCUCUCUUGCACAGAAUCCCCACGGCUUGUGUAUUCUGCUUGAGCUGAGCGACAAAACCGGACAAAAGUCAUGUCGCCCGUCUCGAACCAAAACAAAGACAUGGACACGGCGGAGGGAGAGGAUGGAGGUGAUGCCUGUGGUUUGGCCAAGUCUCGCUCCAGACGGGAGAAGAAGGAGAAAGUGGGAAGGAAGUCCGCUCUGGAGCAGCUGAAAAAGGCCAAAAGAGGGGAGAAGGUCAAAUAUGAGGUGGAGGAGUUUAGCAGCGUCUAUGAAGAAGUCGAUGAAGAACAAUAUUCCAAAAUGGUACGGGAUCGACAAGAAGACGACUGGAUUGUUGAUGAUGAUGGAGUCGGGUACGUGGAGGACGGAAGAGAGAUCUUUGAUGAUGACUUGGAUGACGACGUAGUGGAAAAAACCCGAGGAAAUACGAGAGCCAAAGGGGCAGAUGGGAAGAAACACGUGAAAAAAGCAGCAGUGGCAAAGCCCAACACCAUCAAGAGCCUCUUCAUGAACAGCAAUGUGAAGAAGCCAGCGGAGAAAGAUGUGGACUUGUCCAAAGAUGAUCUUUUGGGGGACAUCCUGCAGGAUCUCCACUCAGAGAAACCCUCGGUCCUGGCUCCUCCGCCGGUGGUCAUGCUGAAGAAAAAGAAGUCCCUGGGAUCGCCCUUGAAUCCCUUUUCAAUCAAGCCUCAGAUGCCCAAAGUGCUCACUCCAGCAAUGGCUAAAGCGGUCCGGCCGCCAUUUUCCGAAGCCCUCAGGCUGUCACCCGUACCUGCUUCGACAAGUGUGGUUCAGAAGGAGACAGAACCAGCGGCACAGAAACAAGAGGAAGUCGAUGAGGACAUGGCAUUAGACGGGAUGGACUUUGAUGAGCCCAUGGAGGUCAUACCUGAGGAACCUGCAUUCAGAGAAGAGGCCCAGCCUGAUUGUACAACACCCCCCGAGGCUCCUGUCAAAGUCGAGCCUCAGGACCCGGUCUUCUUAAAAAUCGGAGGCUCUUGGGGGCAGGAGGACGAGGAGGGUCCUCUCAACGAGGCCCCGGCAGAGGUGCUGGUGGACUCCAGCAAGCUUCCGCUGGUGGAGGGCGCUGAUGGCGAGCAGGUGCUUCGAUUCUAUUGGCUGGACGCUUUUGAAGACUCUUACAGCAAAGCAGGUGUCGUGUACCUGUUUGGAAAGGUGUGGAUCGAGUCGGCCCAAUCACACACGAGCUGCUGCGUCUCUGUCAGGAACAUUGAACGCACCAUGUAUAUCCUGCCACGUGAAUAUAAAGUCAACCCUAAGACGGGGGAAGUGUCCAAUACGCCUGUAGAAAUGAUGGACGUCUACCAGGAGAUCAGUCAGCUCACUGACAAGUUCAAAAUCAUGAAGUUCAAGUCCAAGAAAGUGGAGAAGAACUAUGCCUUCGAGAUUCCCGACGUUCCCACGCAAUCAGAGUACCUGGAAGUCCGCUAUUCCGCGGACUUCCCUGCUCUGCCGUCGGACCUCAACGGAGCCACGUUUUCCCACAUUUUUGGAACCAACACUUCCAGCUUGGAGCAUUUCCUCCUGAGUAGGAAGAUUAAAGGGCCGUGCUGGUUGGAGAUCAAGACGCCACAGCUACUGAACCAGGCGGUCAGCUGGUGCAAAGUGGAGGCUCUGGCCCCGAGAGCGGAUCUGAUCACCGUGGUGAAAGACUUGGCACCGCCGCCCGUCACAGUCAUGUCCAUCAGCAUCAAGACCAUCCAGAACCCCAAGACCCAUCACAAUGAGAUCGUGUCCUUGGCUGCUCUCAUUCACUAUGGCUUCCACAUGGACAAAGCUCCACCUCAACCUCCUUAUCAGACUCACUUUUGUGUGGUGACCAAACCCAAUGACUGCAUCUUUCCGUACGACUUUAAUGACGCUGUGAAAAAGAAGAACGUAAAAGUGGAGAUAGCAAUGGCAGAGCGGACUCUACUCGGCUUCUUCCUAGCCAAGAUGCACAAAAUUGAUCCGGAUGUUCUUGUGGGUCACGACAUUUUCGGCUUUGACCUUGAAGUGCUGCUGCAGCGAAUCAACUACUGCAAAGUUCCACACUGGUCCAAGAUCGGACGCCUCAGGAGGGCCAACAUGCCCAAAUUAGGAGGCCGCAGCGCCUACGCAGAGAAGAGCGCCACCUGUGGCCGUCUGGUGUGCGACAUCGAGAUCUCCGCCAAGGAGCUGAUCCGCUGCAAGAGUUACCAUCUGACUGAACUGGCCGCACAGGUGCUGAAGACGGAGCGAGCCACCGUCCCACAAGAGAACAUCAGGAAUCUUUACAGCGAUUCUCCUCACCUGCUCUACCUGUUGGAGCUGACGUGGAACGACGCCAAGCUGAUCCUCCAAAUGAUGUGUGAGCUCAACGUGCUGCCGCUCGCCCUGCAGAUCACCAACAUCGCCGGCAACGUCAUGUCUCGUACUCUGAUGGGCGGUCGAGCCGAAAGGAACGAGUUCUUGUUGCUUCACGCCUUCCACGAUAAGAACUACAUCGUCCCAGACAAAUCCUACUUUAAGAAAAUGCAGAUGGAGACGCUUGAAGGAGAGGAAGAAGUGGAUGCUGGGAAAGGGAAGCGUAAGAAGAAGGCCGCCUAUGCAGGAGGGCUGGUGUUGGACCCUAAAGUUGGAUUCUACGACAAGUUUGUGCUGCUGCUGGACUUCAACAGCCUGUAUCCGUCCAUCAUCCAGGAGUUCAACAUCUGCUUCACCACUGUGCAGCGAGAAGCUUCCAGCGCACAGAAGAGGAACCGGCAACAGGAGGAUGACACAGAAGAGAUCCCGGAGAUUCCGGAUUGCGACCUGGAAAUGGGAAUCCUGCCCAAGGAGAUCAGGAAGCUGGUGGAAAGGCGCAAACAGGUUAAGCAGCUGAUGAAGCAGCCAGACCUCAACCCGGAUCUGUACCUGCAGUAUGACAUCCGACAGAAGGCCUUGAAGCUAACGGCUAACAGCAUGUACGGCUGCCUGGGAUUCAGCUACAGUCGCUUCUAUGCCAAACCACUCGCCGCCCUGGUCACACACAAGGGUCGAGAGAUUCUGAUGCACACCAAAGACUUGGUCCAAAAGAUGAAUCUGGAAGUCAUCUACGGAGACACUGACUCCAUUAUGAUCAACACCAACAGCAGAUCUCUGGAGGAAGUCUUUAAGCUGGGCAACAAGGUGAAAGCAGAAGUGAACAAGCUGUACAAACUGCUGGAGAUUGACAUUGAUGGAGUGUUUAAGUCGCUCCUGCUGCUGAAGAAGAAGAAAUACGCCGCUCUGGUGGUGGAGCAGCACGGCGACGGGCGCUACACGCUCAAGCAGGAGCUGAAAGGCCUGGACAUUGUGCGGCGAGAUUGGUGUGACCUGGCGAAGGAAUGUGGCAACUACGUCAUCGGUCAGAUCCUGUCCGACCAGAGUCGUGAUGUCAUUGUGGAGAACAUACAGAAGCACCUGGUGGAGCUGGGAGAGAAGGUAGCCAACGGGUCCAUCCCGCUGCAACAGUACGAGAUCAACAAGGCACUGACAAAAGACCCUCAGGACUAUCCCGAUAAAAAGAGCCAACCCCAUGUCCACGUGGCUCUGUGGAUCAACUCCCAGGGCGGACGCAGGGUCAAAGCUGGUGACACGGUUUCAUAUAUCAUCUGCAAGGACGGCUCCACACUAGCAGCCAGUCAAAGAGCGUACGCUUUGGAGCAGCUCCAGAAGCAGGAGGGUCUCAGUCUGGACACCCAGUACUACCUGGCCCAGCAGGUCCAUCCCGUGGUGUCCCGCAUCUGCGAACCUAUCGAGGGCAUCGACGCCGUCCUCAUUGCAAACUGGCUGGGUCUGGACGCCACUCAGUUCCGGUCUCACCAGCAGCAUCAGAGAGAAGAGGAGGCUGACACGGCGUUGGGAGGACCCGUCCAACUGACCGACGACGAGCGCUACAAAGACUGCGAGAGGUUCAUUUUCGCCUGCCCCCAGUGUGGGAAGAACAACACCUACGAGAGUGUAUUCGAAGGCGCUGGGUCAAAGUUGGAGCCCAGCUUGCUGCGAUGCUGUAACGUGCCGUGUCCCGGCCGCCCCAUCGACUUCGCUUUCAAAAUCAGCAACAAACUGCUUCUUGACAUCCGAGGCCACAUCAGGAAAUACUACUCUGGCUGGUUGGUGUGUGAAGACCAGGCUUGUCAGAACAGGACCAGACGCUUGCCCAUCGCCUUCUCCCGCCACGGACCCAUCUGCCCAGGCUGCAGCAGAGCUACUCUCAGGCCCGAGUACUCCGAGAAGGCCCUCUACAACCAGAUCUGCUUCUACAGGUUCAUCUUUGAUUGGGAACACGCCGUGGCCAAAGUACUACCGGGGGAAGAGAAGAGUCGUGCUGGUUGGUGGAACAAAGAAAAGGAGAUCUACAGGAAGCUGAAGGAAGUGCCCGAUAAAGCACUCAGCGCUAGCGGCUACUCUGAAAUUAACCUGGCUAAACUCUUCCAAUCCUUCUCCUCCCUUAAGUAAAAAAACAAAAAACAUUUUACUUUUGCGGGAUUAUAGCUUAUCCGUGCACGUAAUGGUUCUGGUUUUAAAGCCCAAUCAAUCCCACACUCCAUCCUCUGUGCGACUCACAUGCACGUGAAUUGACCCCCCAUCAUCCACACUAAAGGGGGAGUAAUCACACAUAAAUGACCAUCUUUACGUGCGUGUGGAAAAAAAAAAAAAAAAAAAAAAGACUUAUCUCCACGGCAGCUGAGUAUAGUCCAAAAGGCGCCAAAUAGCUAAUGAUCGCAACCUACGCCACUCGGACCACUGGAUCCCUGAACCCAUCGGACACUUGUUCUGAUUACCUCCAUUCAUCCCGUGUGUGUGUGUGUGUGUGUGUGUGUGUGUGUGUGUGUCAAUCACAAGGCGGGCUGAUAAAGCAUGCAGGAGUUGACUUGCGUGUAAGGAAGGCCACACGCGCAGCCUCCCCCCCCCAACCCCACCCUCACUCUUUUGUCUGGGUAUCGAACAGCAAAUCUUCUCCUACACACCGCCUUCUGUUUAACACACACCCCCACACCCCCCCUCAAUUGUGUUUUUACCUUUGUCAUUUUCCGUGUUUGUUCCAGUUCUUUUGUAAUUAGUCACUGGUAUUCGUGUUUUGAUACUUAAACAAUAAAAAGGAGAAAUAAGUAAAUGCUGCAUUCAUGUUGUUGUUGUUGUUGUUGGCAAUUUGUCUCCGUAAUUUCACUUUAAAUGUCAACAUGAGGUGCAAAAAAUUAAUUAAAAAAUAUUUUGUCGGAUAUAUCGUCAUAAAUAUUUAAUCCAGCUGUCAACUGUGCAAGUCUAUUCAUGACUCAAAGGGAAGUUUUGUGCUCGCAAUUCAGUUUAUUGACAAAAAUAUACAAUUUGACGUAAUAUAUACAAUGCAUUGUUAUUGUAAAUGCAUCAUUUUUAAUGCUGCUUUUUCCAUUGCGCAGGUGUACCGUACCGAACCUAAUCCAAGCUAUCGCUAUUAUUGCA